AUGUACCAGCAAGCUAAGUCGAAUAAGUCUACCUCUAAAGGAGGAUCAGCGUCGAUGAACCAGCAGACCCAGCUAGCCCGAGAGGUUCUCGACCCAGCCCACCACCAGGUCAAGAGGCAUGGUCUCUCUAGGUCGGAGGCGAGCAUCGUAGAUGAUCCACCUCAGUCGAAUCAUCUUUCCUCCAAAAAGAGCAAGAGCCGGAGAAACAUGGUCGAUGUGGAUCGUCCGUGGCCUAGAGGGAAAGAAGCUCAGGAAGCGAGGCUGGGUACUUUCAGCAUGCCUGUCGAUGCAUCUGUACAUGACCCAUCGCAGCGUUGGUACUACGACGAUAUGGCUGAUCAGCCUUACAAUGCAAUAGGCGAAGUAGAAAUGCCUGCCCGAAAUUCUGAUGAGAUACCAACGAGCGGCGAAGACGAUGGUGUCUGGCCGUAUGAAGCCGUGACUAGCAGUGGCAUGGUUUGGUAUGGCAGUGUACAAUGA